GGCUGCGCACGCAGUGCAUUGCUUGACUCGGACUGGGCCUCUUCCAUCCGCUCGCCUCUACCACAGCCCCGGGCCAUAUACCAGGUAUCUUCCAUUCCUGACUUCAGCCUUUGGUGCCUGACUAUCGUCGAAUUGCCAUCCGUUCCGCGGCCCCAUUGGGCCUUGAUCAAGCAGCCAGCGGAGGCCAUGCGCAUCACCGCCAUCUUUGCCGUGCCCGCCGUUGGCUGAGAUGCGUAGUGUGGGGAUGCGGGCAACUGUCACCCUGCCCUCGUUUUCCAGAUCCGCUCGAGCUCAUUGUCGCCCUUUACCGACGCCGAUACGACUGUACUUUUACAUCCUGGCGUGGCGGGAUUUGAUUCCUUGCGAGUUGAGGUCUGGCGCGGUCGAUUGAACGGAACGGCGAUGGUUUGAUAUCUGACAUCUUUGUUUUCCAGCCCUUCAGAACGUAACACGCAACAUCCUCACCUUCAGAACUUCACCCGUACGCCCUCUUCCAGUCGUGGAUCGUUCGCACGAAACAUGCCGUCCGAGCCGGAUCUUAAGCAUAUUUGGAUCGUGACGGGGCCUGCAGGAUGUGGGAAGACUACGGUUGCCCAAUAUCUCUCCCAAGAGCUGUCGUGGCCGUAUGUUGAGGGCGAUGAUUUCCAUUCAGCGGCUAAUAAGGAGAAGAUGGGUUCCGGUAUCCCUCUUACCGACGCGGACCGUUGGGACUGGCUCAUUACUCUAAGGGAAGAGGCGGUCAAGCGUCUUGAAACCUCCGACUCUGUCAUUGUCACUUGUUCCGCGCUGAAACGCAAAUACCGAGACGUUAUCCGAGUCGCCAACUACAACCAUCCAAGUGUACACAUCCAUUUCAUCUACCUCAAGGUCGACGAAGACACCCUGCAAAAGCGUGUUGCGCAACGCAAAGGCCACUAUAUGAAGGAGAGCAUGGUCCACAGUCAAAUCGCCGCGCUAGAAGAGCCCGAGGAAGAUCUUGAAUGGGACGUUCUGCGGGUGGAUGUCCGGGACGACAAGGAGGUGGUCGAGAAGAAUGCGCUUGAACUUGUGAAGCGGAAGUUACAGGAGUAUGAAGACGCACCUGGACAACGACACUGAGACACUGGCUAUGGUCCUCGAUGGAAAUUGCUGGUCUCUGCAGUGACGAGAUACAUGCCAGGCAUGGAAUUGGUUGAGCAUCGGCGCCAGGGCGUUUGGCAUUGCUAGAUAUGUGCUGUCUUAGCGUGCAACAUCUACACCAACAUAUAGACCUCUGCGAAAUGGGCACUCGUGCAAUGGCCGGGUGGGUAGAAGCAAGUCGGGGGCGAUCUGACACGGGCAGGUUACAGCAAGUACAGGCGCGCAAGCUAUAAGGCAGAUCUAUCACGCUCCCACGAGCACAUUUACAAAUGAAAGACCAGUCUUCAUAUCCACCAAA